AUGCUCUACGACCUCAACAUUGCCUGGUCGCCCUCCACCAGCCCUGCCGACCUCACGCGUACACUGAAGUUCAGUGCGAGCCUGGGAUACGAUGUUGUAGCCCUCAGCCAGACCUUGAGCGUGCCCAUUCCACCCCAACUGAAGAAUCCCAUCCCCAAAUUCGACGGCAACCACGCCCAAUCGCCACACGACACCCUCCCGACCGUCCUCACCCGCUGCACCGUGCCCCUGGCUGAUACCUCUGUCGGCCACCACCUGCCGCGUCUCGUCAACCUCUACGACAUCGUCGCCGUCCGCCCCACCAACGAGAAAGGGUUCCAGGUAGCUUGUCUCAACAUUGACCACGCAUAUCUGAUCUCCCUGGAUCUGACCAGCUAUCUUGACUUCCACUUCAAGCCCACCAUGUGUAUGGCCGCCGUCAAGCGAGGCAUGCGCUUCGAAGUAUGCUACUCCCAGGUCCUCGGCGCCGACGCCAGGGGCCGGGCAUCUUUCAUCGGCAAUCUGAUGCAGCUGGCAAGAGCCACCAGGGGGAGAGGCAUCGUCAUCAGCAGCGAGGCCAGGAACGUCAUGGGCCUGCGUGGCCCUGCCGAUGUGACCAACCUAUUCGCCGUAUGGGGCCUGAGCACCGACAAGGGGGCCGAGGCAUUAGGGGUGAACCCCAGGGGCAUUGUUGUCAACGAGGGGAUCAAGCGAAACGGUUUCAGAGGCGUCAUCGAAAUCGUCCAAGUCGCGGACAAGCCAAGGAACAACGGGGACAAGAUGGAGGGCGUCGAGCAGGAAACAUGCACGGAAAGGGCAGAAAACCAGGGACAAAAACGAAAAGGGGGCGACACCCUAGGCCAGAAUGAUGCAUCGUUGAGCAAGAGAAAGGCCAAGAAGAUGAAGAAGCUUGCCAUGUUGGACGGCAAGCCUGCUGAGAACAAGGCAUAA